AUGAGCGAUGAAAAUAAGAGUACGCCUAUUGUUAAGGCGUCUGACAUAACCGACAAGCUGAAAGAGGAUAUUUUAACCAUCAGUAAAGAUGCUCUGGACAAGUACCAGUUGGAAAGAGACAUUGCUGGGACGGUAAAGAAGCAAUUGGAUGUCAAAUACGGCAAUACCUGGCAUGUGAUUGUCGGAAAGAACUUUGGGAGCUACGUGACACACGAAAAGGGCCAUUUUGUUUAUUUCUAUAUCGGUCCACUGGCGUUUUUAGUUUUCAAAACAGCAUAA